AUGCCUGAUUCUGAUAUGGUUCGCGCAGCACCGGGUUCAAAAUGGUUGUACUUCGAUAGGCUACGACGUGCCGAAAGGGCCGGUAGAUCGUCCAGAAGCUGGGAGCGGCUGCUAGAGACAGCCAGAUCCGAAGCGACAGAGAAGCUCAUGGAGUCAGUGCACUCGAGAAAGACGCACAUCGUGAACUUGGCGAUUCGGUGUCCGACGUACAUCUGCCUUGAACCGGGCUAUGUGCCUUCGGCCAUGUUGGUGGAGUGGAGGAGCACUAUGCGCAGUGUUGCAAGACAACAAGUAGACCGUGUUCACAGUGCGACAAUGACCGGACUUGAGGACGAUCUGCAUAGCUGCAGCGGAUUGUGGCAUAACCAUGUGGAUGCGGCAAUGCUGCACGAGCAGCCACCUGCACGACUUGCACGAGACAAGAUGAGAAUACCAGGAACUGAGUCUUGGGAGAUAAGGCAACGGUACUACCCUGGAGACUAA